UUAUGGGGAAAAAUUUCCGAUCUAUUCAUCAACUUUCAAGAUAGUACAAAGAACAUCAAAAGUAGAAAUUACAUCCAGGUCUGUAGAGCAUCUUACGACGACUACAAGUACUGGAGCGAGCCGAAUGCGCUCUCCUUUCAUCGCCCCUCCCUCAUCUGAGCCGGACAAACAUUGUUGUACUCCCUCCGUUCGGAAAUACUUGUCCGAGGAAUGAAUGUAUCUAGAUGUAUUUUAGUUUUAGAUACAUCCAUUUGUAUCCAUUUCCACGACAAGUAUUUCCGGACGGAGGGAGUAAUAGACAGUCGAGAAGUCGUCGUGCUAAGACCCGACAAGCCCAACGUAACAGAACAGCAACCACCGCCAUUGAAGAGAAGCAUAAAUCAGAAUGAUCGAAUUUUUAGACACACGAAGACAGACAAAUGGAUAUUAGAUCCACAUGGAUCCACUAAAGACAAAUACCGACCGAAUCCUGUGAGAUCCAUCUGAGACAAACCCCCACAUGUCAUUCAAGGAUGCUAAAAGCACCACUGGGGCAAGGGAUAGGCGGGGAGAACCUUAUUCCAUCUUGAAGGAGCCGCCGCCGCGUCACCUUUUUGAGCAGGACACAAACCCUAAUAAAACUCAAAAAAGCAUCCAAUGGGCAAUGGUCAGGAUCCAUCACGUCUCCAUGGCCCUAAGGCCACAGGAAACGAGGCAGACUGCCGGCGGCGCAAGCGGGAGGCACGAGAAACCCUAGCGGCUGGGCAUCCUUGUGUAUGAGCGAAGCAAUCACACAAUUAUUGCAUUGGUUAAUCAUCGAAAACAAAUUAUUGCAUUAACUAGGAUUAAGGGAAUGUGUACGAUACUAGUACACAAAUUAUUGCAUUCUUAUUCUUCGAAAAGAUUAUACAAUUAAUUGGGAUCAAUACGUGAGUAUUGCCCAGAUUCGUUUAUUUUGUAAAGAGAAGUCAGCUGGUUCAUGGGAUCAUUUUUAAAAGUGGUUGGUUACACAUUGUACGAGAGAUUCCUUGAAAUCUCAUGGGAAUAUGUACGUUGUCAUGGGAUGCCAUCGACGAUCGAGGCCAUAUGCAUGUUACUGUAACAUGCAUGCCAACCACAGCCCGGUAGGUCAUAGACUAAUAGAAAUUGCUGCGUCGUUUGUUUGUAUGUUCAGCAUAGCAAGGAUUAGAUAUUGCAGAUCGAGCCAGUAGUCUCUGAUUGACCACACCGGCGACCGGGAAGGCCAUGGCGGCCGAGCAGCUCCUCCAGCGUCGACCGGGUUGCUUGGUGCUUCUUUUCCUUCUCCUGGCCUCCGUGAUGAUGUGCCCUCUCGUUUGGUCCUCACCGCCGACUACCGUGGGUCGGCCGCCGGAGCUAACCCUCGUCGCCGGAGCGGCAGAGAAGGGCGCAGUGUGCUUGGAUGGAAGCCCGCCAGCUUACCAAUUGGAGAGAGGCUUCGGCUCUGGAUCUCACAGCUGGCUCGUCUAUCUAGAGGGAGGAGGGUGGUGCAGCACCGUUGAGGCUUGUUCGAAGCACACAAAAUCCGCGCUUGGUUCAUCUAACUUCAUGGAAGCGGUGCAGUAUGCCGGAAUUUUCAGCAAUGACCAGAGCCAAAAUUCUGAUUUCUACAACUGGAAUAAAGUUUUCGUGCGGUAUUGUGAUGGGGCGUCAUUUUCUGGGGAUGCGGAGUACGAAGAUCAAGAUGGAAACAAGCUAUUCUUCAGAGGGUUGCGCAUAUGGGAAGCAAUCAUUGACGAACUCAUGGAGAAAGGACUUGCUAAUGCUAAACAGGCCCUCCUUGCAGGUUGUUCUUCUGGUGGUUUAGCCACACUACUGCAUUGUGAUGAUUUUAAUGCACGCUUUCCUCCGAAGGUUGCAGUUAAAUGCUUUUCUGAUGCUGGAUUUUUUCUUGACAAAAAGGAUAUGGACGGAGAAAGGUUUAUCCGGUCCGUGUACAAUGGGGUUGUUCACCUCCAGAAUGUUAACAAAGUUUUGCCCAAGGACUGCCUCGCAAAGAUGGAACCACUGGAUUGUUUCUUUCCUUCUGAGCUUAUUAAGAGCAUCAGCACCCCCACUUUUAUUCUCAACUCUGGAUAUGACUCUUGGCAGAUAAAAAAUGUACUAGUACCAGAUGAAUCCUCUCCUGAAAAGUCAUGGCUUACUUGCAAGGCUAACAUCAGAGACUGUGAUUCCACACAAAUCGAAGUCCUCCAUGGAUUAAAUAGAACAAUGGUGGGUGAUCUGAAAGUCGUCCAAGAUAAGGAGGAGUGGGGAUUGUUCAUUGAUUCGUGCUUCACCCACUGCCAAACACCAUUUAGAAUCUCAUGGGAUUCACCAAUUUCCCCAAGGCUUGGAAAUAAGACGAUCGCACAAGCUGUUGGAGAUUGGCACUUCAGCAGAGGCCAAAGAGUAAAAGAGAUCGAUUGCGACUAUCCAUACAACCCAACAUGCAGCAGCCAGUUGCCUUCCUAAUUUAAUUGGUACUAUAUAUAACAACAAUUGAGGGCCUUGUUUAUACGUGAACUAGAGAAAGUUGGCACAAUAAGAGAUUUGGUUUUGGAUAUAUAUAACCAUAUGGAAAUAUUCAUUAGGGUUUGUACAAUAGCCGAGAGUUCCAGCGUAAUUUCUGUUUGUUGCCAUACUAGAAAAAUAUAUUAAAUACCAAGCAUGGUUGUUUGACGAGGUUUUGAUUGCACUAUGUUUUUUGUGUGUGGGGAGAGAUUGCACUAUAUAUUAUUUUUUAUGGUUUUGCAAACCUAAGUUGCUUCAUAUUUUUCAUAUAUCUAAGUUUGGCGCACUUAGCCGUUUGAUAUAUCCAUGCUGAGUGAAAUUGAAUGAGGGUUAAAGACAUGCUACUAAAGGUGGCCGUUGAAGCAAUGAAUGAGAUACACAUGAUAUCUUGGUUUUUAUCAAAAUAAAGCAUGAUACCUUGGUGAAUACA